CACAAUAGGUGGGUAGGGUUGUUUCUACCUGCUUUUCUGGAGCACAAUGGUCUGGCAUCCAAAGCCAUGAGGUGAGGGUGACCCAAAGCCAUGAGGUGACCUGCCUGCAGGGGAAUACAGUCUUCAGUCCGAGGUCCGGCUGAUAUCUACUAAUAUGGCAACACUGGAAUGAACCAUCUUGAAAGCAAGGCCCAUGACCUGCAGUGACGCCAGCUGAGCCAAGUCCAUGCAGCAGAGCUUGCUGUAAAAGCCACACAAAGCCCAGUUACCAGGCCCCGCCCCCGACGAGGCCCAGCCUUCGAAGAAACGGAAGUGGGUUUCCGGAAGCCGGAAGCGGGCGAACACUGGAACCCGAGUCGCUGGGAGCUGUGGCUAAGAGGCGGGUGGGGCUGGCGAUGGCGGAGAAGUUUGACCAUCUAGAGGAGCACCUGGAGAAGUUCGUGGAGAACAUUCGGCAGCUCGGCAUCAUCGUCAGCGACUUCCAACCCAGCAGCCAGGCGGGGCUGAGCCAGAAGCUGAACUUCAUUGUUACGGGCUUACAGGACAUAGAUAAAUGCAGACAGCAGCUACAUGAUAUCACGGUGCCUCUGGAAGUUUUUGAAUACAUUGAUCAAGGUCGAAAUCCCCAGCUCUACACCAAAGAAUGCCUGGAGAGGGCUCUUGCUAAAAACGAACAAGUCAAGGGGAAGAUCGACACAAUGAAGAAAUUUAAAAGCCUACUGAUUCAGGAACUUUCUAAAGUGUUUCCAGAAGACAUGGCCAAGUAUCGGAGCAUUCGGGGGGAGGAUCACCCGCCUUCCUAAUGUGCGAAGACCCCACAUCCUUCUGAUAACUGGACUGACCCAGUGAGAGCUGUGCCUGCCAAUGCUGCCUUCCAGCCACGGGACUGGCCUUGCCCCACCUCCCGCUCCCAUCCUUUGAGCUGUGGGACUCGGGGCUGGAGGAGCCGAGCUGUGCCCCACUGUCCCUGCAGCUCUCAGGCCCUUGGGGACCAGGCAGGAAGACAGCCUUGCUGAAUGUGACAUGGGCUUGGGAUUCUACUGGACAUUUUCUUUUCAUGUACUCUGUUCUGUUACACUGUCCAUAAGAGGAAACUUGGUUCUAUAUUUUACAUUUUCAGAUGUUGUGCAUAAGAAAAUAACUGUUUUCAUGGGUUUCAACUCGAUAUAAUAAAGCCUAAAGUUUACACUGCUCA